AUGUCUUCCUAUGAGAUGAUCAAAGAAAUUCUCAAGAUAGCUUUCCCAGCAAUGCUUGCCUCAUUGUCUUUUGGAAUAGUUGAUUCAAUGAAUCUAAUAUUUUUAGGAUUUCUCAAUGAUCCUACUCUAAUAGCAGGAGUAGGUAUAGGAACUGUUUACAUCAACGUUUUUGGACUUACAACCUUGUGUGGAUCCAAUACUAUUCUUACUACAUUAGUCUCAUAAAGUUAUGGUCAAUAAAAUUUAAGACUAUGUGGCACCUAUUUAAACAGAGGUAGAAUUGUAACUACCAUCGCAUUCAUUCCUGUGACUAUUAUGAUGUUGAAUGCGAAAUACUUUUUUUAAUUAACUGGAGUUUAAAAGGAAACUUCUGAGUAAGCACAGCUAUAUAUAUGGUACAUGUUGCCAGGAAUAUAUUUAAGCGUUUAAUUUGAUCUACUUAGAGUAUGCGUAAACUCUUUUGGAAGGACUUAUAUUUCAAUGUAUGUCCAGAUGUUCGCUUGCAUUCUUCAUUACUUCUGGAGCUACUUGUUUAUUGACUAUUUUAAAUUGAACUUAAAGGGCACAGCUUAUUCAAAUACUUUGACUUAAUUGACUAGCAUCAUUUUAAUUGUCAUUUUCAUCAGCUUUGAAAAAGACAUCAAGGAUGCAUUCUUCAUGCCUGAUAGAUAAUCAUUUGUUGGUUUAUGGAGUUAUACUAAAAAGGCUUUGCCAGCGAUGUUUCUUUGGGGAAUUGAAGCAUGGACUUUCUCUGCUUAAACUAUAAUGGUAAGCACUGUGUCAAACAAUAUGGCAGCAGCUCAAUCUAUUCUCCAUAGUAUCUUAAUGCUAGGAUUCAUGAUAACAGUAGGCAAUAGCACUGCUGCAUCAGCUCUUACUGGGAAAUUUAUUGGCUCUAAUGAGAUCUCUAAAGCUAAGAAAUACCUAAGAGUUUUGAAUUCUUUUGGAUUCUCAGUAGCAUUUUUGCAAUGGUUUAUAGUUUUCUUUUUUGGGAAGAAUAUCAGCCAUAUCUUUACAAACAAUUAAGAUGUUUUGAAAUUAAUUGAAAAUACUACAGAUCUGUUAUCAUUUGCUAUUUUCUUUGAUUGCACUAUGAGUAGCCUAACUGGUGUAAUUAGAGGUCUUGGUAUUUUGAAAAGGGCCUUAGUUGGAAUUAUACUAGUUUUUUAUUUGUUAGGCAUUCCACUCUAGUAUUAUUUGCUUUUUAAAAGAUAGAUGGGUCUUACUGCCAUAUGGACAGGAAUGUUAGUCUCGUAGUCAAUUAUCACUUUCUAUUAUCUAUACUUAAUACUUAUCCACACUGAUUGGAAUAGGGCGGCAGAAAAAUCAGCAAGUAGAGCUUUGAAAGAAAAAGUUGAUACAGAAACAAGAGAUUAAAUAACUACAGAUAAAACAAAACAACUAAGAAAUAAAUUGAUUGCCUGA